GUGUGUGAGAUUGGGAUUGAGUGAGAGACACAGAGAGAGAGAGAGAGAGAGAGAGAGAGAGAGAGACUCACACACACGGAGAGAGAGAGAGAGACAGACAGACAGACACACACACGGAGAGAGACAGAGAGAGAGUGUGUGUGUGUGCGCGCGCGCUAGGUGUGCGAGUGAUGCUGAUGUUUAGCUCCAGCAUGCAGCCGUAAUUCAUCAGCGCGGGGAUUAUUCAUCUACUGAGGAAAGAGAGUGUGUGUGUGUGUGAGAGAGAGAGAGAGAGAGAGUGUGUGUGUGUGUGUGUGUGAGAGAGAGAGAGUGCUCUGGGUUCUAGUUGUGUUCCGGAGGUUCUGUGGUGAUUAAAUCUUCAGAAAUCAGAGUCAUGAAAGCUCCGGGAUGCGCUCUGUUCCUGCUGCUGCUCCAGUGCGUUUCCUCUCUGCCCGUGUCUCACACUCGCCUGGAGCACGAGGACGUCGAGGUGAUUAAGUGUGUAGUGGAGGUUCUGGCUGACGCGCUGAGCAAACCUCACUCCGUCCCCGUGUCUCAGCGGUGUCUGGAGACCCUCAGGACCGAUGACAGACUCGUGACCGUGCUGCGUCACCAGAACUUCCUUCAGGAGCUGCAGGACAUCGCUGGAGAAGGAGCCAAUGAGAGAUCUGAGAAGGGAAUAGAGGAACGACCUGACCACGCCCAAGACCUCCAGGACCCUGCAGAUCAGUCCAUGCUGUUGGCCGUCCUGACACCGGGAGAGACGGUGAAGGAGAGAGGAGCAGAGGAGGAGAAGGAACAGGAGUCUCAGGUGAAUGGUAUCAUCACCAGCCACGAGGAGAUGAACGAGGGAGACGAGAAGGGAGAAGAAGCGGUGAGGAAGAAAACCGAAAGCAGUGAGGAAGACGAAGAAGCAGAUGAGGCAGGAGCAGCCGGAGCUCCAGAACACAAACGUGUGGAGGAGGAGAGUCAGGAGGCGGAGCAGGAGGCGGAGCAGGAGGAGGAGCAGGAGGAGUCUGUGGAGAAGAGUAAGGGAGGUGUGGGAAAGCAGAAACACUUGAGUCGGAGCAGAGAGCCGGUCCGUCGCAGGGCUUACGGCCAGCAGGAGGCGCCGCACCACUCCAAGGAGGCGUGGAAGAGCCCUGAGGAGGAGGAGCUUCGGAUGAUGGCAGGAAGAGACCCUGAGGAGGGCAGUGCAACCAAGAAGACUGAGGACGCCGAGAUGGAGAGUUUGGCUGUGAUGGAGAACGAGUUGGAGAGCAUGGCUCAGAAACUGCACAAGCUGCGACAUGGCUGAAACACGCCAGCGGUCCUCCUCACCUUCACCUCGAGAGGAACCCGACGCUCUGCUUCUGUCUGAAACACACAUCCGCUCCACAGCGUAAACACACACUCGGGACAUGAUCUGCUCCUGCUUCAGCUUCACCUCUGUCUCGCUCGCUUACUGCAGAACACGGCUCAUUCAAACAUCACGAGAAUAAAGCUGUGAUGAUAAUAAUAAUAAUAAUAAUAAUAAUAAUAAUAAUAAUAAUAAUAAUAAUAAUGAGUGAAGAGAAGGAGGAGUACAUUUAUACACAGCUGCAUGUGUUCUUUCAAGAAUGCAAUAAUGUUUUUAAUUAAAUAGGAUUGAACUGUAAUUACAGGUGGGGUUUAUUUUAGAAAAAUAAAUAUUGAGAGCGUUCUCAGGCAA